AUGAAAAGAAUCUUGUUUGGCGCAUCACUCCUAGUAGCUGUUGCUUUCGCCAAAACCAAUUAAGUAACUUGCGAGUACAACGAUGAGUGCAAUGGCGGCUUGUGCUUGGAGGGUAAAUGCUCUACUGCUAAAAUCCAUGGAGGCCCACCACAUGGCAAACUUGCGUGCACAGUUAACUCAGACUGUAGUGAUUCCCAGUCAUGCUUCUCUGGUACAUGCGAGACAAACCCACCAUUGACUGAAUUAAAAGAAAUUGAAGGUGUAUAAUCAAAUGACACUGAGACUCAAACUCCUGAUAUUGAGAUUGAUGAAAUCUUUGGAGCACCUCCUGUUUAAAAAUGCCAAAGUGACAAAGAAUGUACUGGGGGUAAGAGGUGUAUUAAAGGGUGCUGUAAGUUCCCAGUUUUCGCAGAAGACUUGCUUUAACAUCACGUGAUUGUUGAUCAAGUCAAAAAGUGCAAGGCUGACGGGGAAUGCAAACCUAAAAGAUGCAACAAAGGUAUCUGCUGCAAUCCAACCUUUGCUUUUGUGCAAGAAUGA